GUUGCAUUGAGAUUUCAAUUCAACGCUUAUUCCAUGGGAUUACAAAUUGACAUGUAUUCCUCGUAUCUUUGGGCAUUAUUCAUCUUGAUCAGCUGCCAUGCGAAGGUCGGUUUAACCCAACGCAACGGUUGCAAAGCCACUGAAUCCUGUGUCAUUGAAGAAAUUUGCACCAAGAGUGAUGAUUCGGGUCGAGGUCUAUUAACGCCACGCUCCUUUUAUCGCUAUUGUGGCAAUGGUUUAGUCUGUUGUGACAAAGAGCAAUUGGACAAUUAUUAUUUUAAUCAGGAACAAGAAACAAUUGGUAAUCCUUGGGAUACAACAGCCUCAACAUCAACUAGCACCACAGAAGCAAUCAACUUCAAGAGCGGUGAUCCUGCUGCUGAAGAUGGAGACGAUAAUGAUGACUAUAAAAGUUGUGGAGGGCAAAGAUUAUGUGUCCCUCGACAUUUGUGUAGAACUGGAGAGGUUAAUGAUGAUGGCAGAUAUAUUAUAAGGCCUAAAAUUGAUAGUGCAAGCAAUUUUGGUUGUAAAUACUUUGAGAUAUGUUGCCCAGUAAAUGAACGGGUGGAGAAAAAGUCCACUAGAUUGCAACCAGUCACAACGAAUUUCACUUAUCAAGGUUGUGGUUAUAGUAAUCCCAAAGGAUUAUACUAUGAUCUUGUUGGCUUUAAUGACAAUGAAUCGUUAUUCGCUCAAUAUCCCUGGAUGAUUGCCCUUAUGGAUAUAGACGGCAAAUACAUAUGCGGUGGCACUUUAAUACAUUCUCAACUUGUACUAACAACUGCUCAUAAUGUGGCCAAAUAUGAUGCCGAUUCGAUUCUGGCCCGUGCCGGUGAUUGGGAUCUGAAUAGUCAGCGUGAACUUCAUCCCUAUCAGACGCGUCGUAUUGCCAACAAACUAACGCAUGAGAAAUACAAUAAAGCAAAUUUCCAUAACGAUAUGGCACUCUUGGUCCUUGAGAAGCCCUUCGAAAUUUCGCCACACAUUCAACCCAUAUGCCUGCCACCCGUUGAGACGGUGCAAUUGCAAGACGAUCUACUAAAGGCUCAAUGUAUUGCUACUGGUUGGGGAACGCCCAGUUCACCUAUGAAUUUAACAACAGCAACUUUGAAGAUGGCCCCAGAGGAGCAUUUAUUAAAACGCAUCGAUUUGCCGGUGGUGGAACAUAGCCAAUGCCAGAAAAAACUCAGACGCACCAUUUUAGGUCUUCGUUUCCGCUUGAGUCCAAGUUUCAUCUGUGCCGGCGGUGUUGAGGGCAAGGACACAUGCCAAGGAGAUGGUGGUUCACCACUUUUCUGCACCAUGUCGGGCCAAAAGGAUCGCUAUCAACUAGCAGGUCUUGUAUCUUGGGGCAUUGAAUGCAAUAAUAAGGAUUUUCCAGCCGCCUAUACCAAUGUGGCCUAUUUGCGAGAUUGGAUCAAUGGCCAAGCACAGCAACGAGGAUUUGUCUUGCCAACACCAUAGACAAUUCGUAGAAUUUGGUUAGGUUUUUGUUAUUCUGGUGACCGGUUAGAGAGUAAGAAAACUAAGGCACAUAAACUUUGUAUAUUAGUUAAUAAUUACUUGUACAUUAUUUUUACAAAACUGGCGAUUAAAAACGUGAUGUAAAUAAAGUUUAUGGUAUGGGUAUUAA